UAAAUCUAAAAGAUCAGCUGUGAUAUUCCCAGGUGAUCUCGUGAUUACGCUGAUGAAGCUGAUGUCUGGGGAAUACCUCGACCUGCACACAAUGACAGGGUCUUGCAGAGGCCAGCAGUCUCAAGCAGGAGCGCUGACAACAAUCUGGCUCCCCAUGAAAAUAUUCCUCCUCCUGCAACACAUUACAGGGCGGCGCUGGCUCUUUGACGGCCAGUCUCCAGGACAAAUAGAAACGCGAUGCUUCCCGGGAGUCCUCCAAUCCUCGCAUCCAGGGCGGGGUCCGGGGGUCGAAACCAGAGAGAGAAUCCCAAAAAUGACAUCUAGAUUGCGGUGGAGCAGGGAGAGACUGGGACGCUGAGAGAAGAAAGAAAGAAGUCCAAGCUAGAUCUCAUUUUUAGGACCUUAACCAAAACAAAGACGCACCAGAAAGGCGCAGCAAAUUACGCACGGUUUCCAGUUUGGAUGCCUCUGCUUCAGCGCGGACUUUUAUUGCCUCUUUGGAAAUGUAGUUUUUUUUUCUUGAGAAAAUCUCAAGAAGGCAUUUGUUCUUACUAGUUGAUGAGAAGAGUGAGAGCUGUUGAGGCUCCGUUUCCUGUUUGCCAGCGUUCUGCAGCUGGGCUGAAGAAGCCCCGCAGGGCUGACGGAACACCGGUCCUCCUUCCCCGCGUCAAACCACAGCCAGUCCGCUGCGAAACUCGGCCGGAAGAAAAAAAACAAUGUGCGACCUGAUGAAAGCCUCCCAGCCCGCGGAGAAAAUCGGCAAAAUGAAAAAGUUGAGGAGAACUUUGUCCGAGAGUUUCAGGAGUAUUGCUUUCAAGAAAGAGGACAGCGGCUUUGAUGAGAUAUGUGUCACAAAGAUGUCCACACGCAGCUGCCAGGGAACAGACUCGGUCAUCAAGCCCCUGGACACCAUCCCUGAGGACAAGAAGGUGAGAGUGCAGCGCACGCAGAGCGGCUUCGACCCGUUUGAGAAGCCCGCCAGCCAGGUGAAGAGGGUCCACUCUGAGAACAAUGCCUGCAUCAAUGCCAAGAGCUCGUCCGCCAGCAAGGAGUCGCCCAAACUGCGUCGGCACUCCAGCCCCAGUUCUCCCACAAGCCCCAAGUUUGGAAAGGCCGAUUCCUAUGAAAAGCUGGAGAAACUGGGAGAGGGUUCAUAUGCUACAGUUUACAAAGGAAAGAGCAAGGUGAAUGGGAAACUGGUGGCUCUGAAGGUGAUUCGUCUGCAAGAGGAGGAAGGAACGCCCUUCACAGCCAUAAGAGAAGCAUCUCUUCUGAAAGGCCUGAAGCAUGCCAACAUCGUGCUCCUCCAUGACAUCAUCCACACCAAGGAAACCCUGACUCUGGUCUUCGAAUAUGUGCACACAGACCUGUGUCAGUACAUGGACAAACACCCUGGGGGUCUCCAUCCAGACAAUGUGAAGCUGUUCCUGUUCCAGUUGCUGAGAGGCCUGUCCUACAUCCACCAGAGGUACAUCCUGCACCGCGACCUGAAACCGCAAAACCUGCUCAUCAGCGACACUGGAGAGCUCAAACUCGCUGACUUCGGCCUGGCCAGGGCCAAGUCGGUCCCCAGCCAUACCUACUCCAAUGAGGUGGUGACCCUGUGGUACCGGCCUCCAGAUGUCCUGCUGGGAUCCACAGACUACUCCACCUGCCUGGACAUGUGGGGAGUGGGCUGCAUUUUCAUUGAGAUGAUCCAAGGAGUGGCUGCCUUUCCUGGGAUGAAGGACAUCCAGGACCAGCUGGAGAGGAUAUUCCUGGUCAUCGGCACCCCAUCUGAGGAUACCUGGCCUGGCGUUAACUCUUUGCCUCACUUCAAACCAGACCGCUUUACAGUGUACAGCGCUAAGAAGCUCAGACAAGCGUGGAAUAAGUUGGGCUAUGUGGACCAUGCUGAGGAGUUGGCCUCCAGGUUCCUCCAGUGCUUCCCAAAGAACCGGCUGUCAGCCCAGGCAGCUCUGAACCACGAAUACUUCAGCAACCUUCCUCCGCGGCUCUGGGAGCUGCAGGACAUGUCUUCUAUCUUCACCGUACCAAAUGUCAAGCUGCAGACAGAGAGCGGGGACAGCAUACAGGUGUGUGCACGAAGGAACAGUCAUGGAAAGGCAUCCUGUGGCAGCAAACACUGACCUGAGGCAGCAUCCUGCACAUGAUUGCCUGACAGGUGGCUGUUGUAAAAAAAAAGAUAAAGACAAAGAUGCUGAGAUGGAGGAUCCAGACGAAUGAAAGAGCCCCAGUUCUCUUUAUUUAUUACCUUCACAAUAUCUGUGUGUGUUUGUGUGGGUGUGGGU